AUGAGGAGAGCCUUGCCAUGGCAAUCUACUACUAGUAGUAGUAGCAACACAGGAAGGACCUUCCGACCCAGAAGGGCCGUUCCCCGAUACGCUCAGUGCUUUGGAGUAUCGCCCGUCGUGAGAGCCAGUUCGCAAUGUCGGUGUCAACCUGGUGACGCAUGCUGGCCUUCCAGGGAUGGUUGGAAACACUUGAAUGAAUCCAUCAGUGGUCAUUUAGUUCGAGUCUACCCCAUCGGCCAUGUAUGCCAUGAGCCCUUCUUCGACCAAGCCUCCUGCAAUCAGCUUGUUCACUUGCAGUAUGACUCUAAUUGGCGCGCAGAGCAACCAGGAGCUCUGCAGAGCUUCAACUGGGAGAACUGGCCCCGGGAAAACGAGAAUUGUACUAUUGAGGCGAAUCCAAGCUCGGUGUGCGGGCAAGGUCGCAUACCGUUAUACUCUGCAGUGAUCCAGUCAGUCGAUGAGAUCUGCGCAGUGGUCAAAUUUGCCAAGCAAAGGAAUAUUCGAUUGGUCAUCAAGAAUACAGGUCAUGACUCAACUGGUCGCUCCGGUGCUCCCCAUUCUCUCCAAAUCCUCACGAAUCGUCUGAAAGACAUAACCUUCCAUGAUGACUUCGUGCCUUCCCAAGGGGAUUUGGGAAUGGAUAACCCCAACGCCAGUGGGGUGCCUGCGGUGACGAUAGGGGCCGGAGUCAUGGUAGGUGAGCUUUAUGCCGCCGCUGCUGCUCGAGGGCUUAUUGUGGUAGCCGGAGAAUGUUCCACAGUCGGGGUUGCCGGAGGAUAUCUCCAGGGAGGUGGAGUGUCAACAGUUCUUAGUCCAAUGUAUGGACUGGCGGUCGAUCAUGUUCUGGAACUGGAGGUUGUGACCGCACAGGGCGAGAUAGUCACUGCGAAUGGAUACCAACAUGACGAUUUGUUCUGGGCCCUCCGGGGAGGCGGAGGAGGCACUUAUGGUGUUGUCACCAAGGCCACGAUGCGAGCAUUUCCAGAUAUUCCAGCGGUUAUCCCGACCGUUCACUUCAUCUAUCCACGAGCAAAUGAUGUCUUCUGGCAAGCAGUAGCGCAGGUUGUGCGACUCACGCAAUCCAUGUCGGUUAACGGAAAUUCGGGACAGUACAUAGUAGGUCAUCUGCCAAAUUACCAUUGGUAUGUGAAUUGGACAAUGUUUGUCUGGGACGACACCGAAUCAGAAUUGGUUGAGGAACAGAUUCCGCCCUUUCUGAGGUUUCUUGACUGGUUUGGUAUCGAGUAUCAAUAUGAGUUGGCCGAGUACUCCAAGAUCAGCGCAUUCCUCACCAUUCCCAAACAGGUGGACAUUGGCGGGAUCGGAUACCUGCAAAGCAGCGUAGUGAUAUCCGAAUCAUUCAUGAAUAGCACCGCCGGCGCUUCAAGACUGACAGCAUCCUUUUCCAAGUUGAUGUUGGACCCUGGGGCACUGAUCACGGUCAAUGUGCUAGGGGGGCAGAUUAACCUCAACGCCAAGGACGAGGACGCAUCUGUCAAUCCGCUGUGGCGGUCAUCGUCCCUCCUUGUAGUCCUGAUGCAAUCAUUCCCGCCCACACCCGAAGCUCAAUCAGCCGCACAUCAAACGCUGUCCCAGACCAAUACACCCAUUCUCGCCUCCAUCGAUCCCGAGGGAGGUGGUGUCUACUUCAACGAGGCAGACCCCGAUCAGAGUGACUUCCAGAAUGCUUUCUGGGGUCAUCAUUAUGGCCGAUUGCGUCGAAUCAAGAGCCGAUGGGAUCCGGCCGGGCUGUUCGUGGUGCGGAAUGGAGUCGGUAGCGAGGACUGGGAUGUUGAGAGUAUGUGUAGAAAGGAGACAAUGGUACCGGCCUAG